CAUCAAACCUUUAGCCACGGGUCUAUCUCUCUUUAUCGUCUAGCUUCAUCCUUUUCUCUAUUUUUGAUAAUAUCCAUCUACCCGUCAAAAUCAAGUUUUAAAAUUUUUCACGUACCUGGAACUCGACAAUAAAUAUUUUGUUUGCAGUGGUGACUGCCGAUUUCGCUAGUAAAUUCAGUGAAAAUAUACAGAAUUUCUAAUUAAGCUAAUUCCGUUCCAUACGCGGCACCUCAACUUGAUGGAAAACUAAAAUUGUCAAUUUCGUCACAGCAUCAGUGAUUUGCGUUUGAUAUUUUAUUUGGCUUACUAUAUACUUUCGUAAAAUUGUGUUUGUUACUGGUUUUAUCGUAAAAUUUGUUACGAAACGUUGUUUGUAGAGCUUGAUUGAUAUUCGUUCAUUGUUUUGGUGCAUCUAAGCGUCAGUUAGAAUACGGUAGAGUGUUGAGAAAGUUGAAAAUCAGUUUUCGAGGUUCGCGAGAAAUUUUGAGCUGUUGUAAACAUGAAUACUAGCUACUUUUCACCUCGAUUGAUGGUUGGGGCUGCUAUAGUUGGCAUUGUUGGAGCCGCUGGAGUCUUUAUAUACGAACAGGUGUAUGCUGAGAAGCGGAGAGCUAUGCUAGUGAGAGAAGUACAAAGACUGGAUAAACAAGUAGCUUCUAUGAGGACAGAACUAGAAUCUCUGAGAGACCUACAGAAAGAAACUAAUCUACGUCGUAUCAAACAGAGGAAGGCUCGCAGAGACCGCACAGCGAAGAAGGCGGCUGCCGGUGACAGUGUGGAGGUCGCGGAACAGAGCUACGCAUCCGAUUCCGAGUACUUUACGGAUUACCAAUCUGUAUUGGGAACAGACGGCGAGCUGGACAGCGAGGAGUUCUACGACGUGCCAACUGAUGAUGAUGACGACGACACGCUCAGAGAGUCAUUGCGCAACGGACAUGUCGCUGAACUUAAAGAUGACGAGGUCUCAGAAACGAAACCCGAUACUCCUGUUUCAACGUUCAAGAAUGCGACAUAGUUGUAAAAUGUAUACAGCCGAUGUCGAGAGCGUUAGUUAACGAUGGGUACGGGAUUAGUAUUAGUAUAGUCGGGAAGGGGGUAUAACCACCGUAGCUAGUUUUUAAUAAAGACUACACUUUGUAAGCGAACGAAUUGCAAAUGUUAUAAUGUUUAAUAGCAAGUAAUAUAAUAAUAUUACGUAGAAACCUAUGAAAUUACCACUGGCUUGAGUUAUUACAUAGAACUCAUAUAAUAACUGGUGAUAAAUGGUAUAUUGUAUAUCUAUAUUCACCUCUUAGAGCAUAGUACAGUUUGUCACGUUCAAAGUGAUCGACACGUUAAUGACGGGGCUAAAUGCGGUAACGUUUCGAUCCGGCUCUCUGCCUACGGAUAAAUAUUUUGAUUUUCAAAUGGCUACGAUAGAAUGGUUAUUUCAUAGGUUAAUAUUUAAUAUUAUUAACAGGAUUUGUUUAAAAGUUGAUUGGAGAUAAAUUCUGAGUUGAAACGUUUGCGCUAAAUAUGCGCAAAGUUAGCGCAAUUUGUGUAAAAGUUUGCGCAAAGAGUAUAAAGUGUGUAACUGCUAGUUUUAGCAGAAAUUUCAAUUUGAUUUCGACACUUAAAGCACAUUUUUUAUUUUUUAAUGAAUUUGAAUCUUUUGAACGCCGCUGUCGACUAUAUCCUCUUAAGACCUGAACUUGAACCAAAUAUGAUAAUAAUGUUUUUUGUGGUUUAUUGUAAUUAUAGGGGUAUAAAUAAGACACAAUUUUUUUUUAUUAAUAUAAUUAAUAAAAAAGUUGGUGCACAUGUGUACCUUCGGUUUCGGCGUGGGCACUAUGAAACUCUGUAAUCUAUAAUAACUUAUUCAAGUACUAAAAGCUGUCAAAAGAUGUCGCUACUAGUUUUAGCUUGAAUCAAUUAUAGGUGCACAUAUGUGUAACCACGGUCUCAAGAGGAUAUACAAACGAAAUAUGAUGUUAUCCGUCACUGUCGACCACUGCCGACAAGAAAACAUGUUUUUUAAGUACAUUUUGUUUGUCGCCGCGUCGGCCAAAAGGUUAAUGAUCUUGAAAAAUCAAGUUCCAAUAAAUCUAUCUCUAAUGAACUUUUAGAUGUAAUUUAAUGAAAUUCCAAGUCAAUAAUGAUUCCAUAAUAAUGUAUUAAAA